AGGAACUUAUGACAUCGUCCAAUGAUUUUCUUGGAAUUGCGAUGUCACUCGGUGUCUCAACUCUCGACUCUAGUCUCUCAACCAGAGGCUGUUCACUUUGAAAUAAACACGGCUUAUGAAGAACCGUUGAUCAGUCUUGAGGCCUCUCAAGGUGAAGGAUUCUCAAAGGCAUUAGCAGAGUUCUCCACCAUGGAAUCUCCUCAGUAUACUGGUGGAACCGCUGGUGUCCGACGAGCAGGCAAGUUUCAACCAGAAAACAUCUCACAACCAAACAAGGGAACAGCUAAGUCUGUUUCUUUCAUUUCUUCCGAGGCUUCUGACUCUGUCAUUCCUUCCGUGGGAUCCUUUUCUGAGACAAUGGAUAUUUCCUCUGUACAAAUGAUGACCGAUGUACAUGAAGAUGACCCUUUACAUUCAGUAUCCACAAUCCCAGACUGCAUUGCAGGAUUUCGGAUGGAUCACAUGAUAGGGUCGGAAAAGAGAUGAUGCAGCUCAAAACUCGGACAGAGUUGACCAAUGAAACAACAGAUGAUGGUCUAGUGAUUAUAUCACAUGAUACGGAGGAAAGGGGGGUAUUUAGAAAGAAGAGCAACAGGAGAAUGGUUGUGAUGUUGAGGACCCUGUGGAUUUCAAUGGUUCAAAAUGUGAAGUUAACAGUCCUUCAAAUGUUACCGGAGUGUCAAAGUAUAUUUGAGUGUGAUGGCUCUCACCCUGAAGACACGGAAAUAUGGGAGAUCUGAAGCAUAGAGCGAUUCUUAUUCUGCCUUCCUGAGUAUGCUAGUGAUCGAGAACCAACUUGGAAUUCUUUCCAUGAUGCUUGCAUCCAACUGUUCCUUUGAGAAUUUCUUUUAGCGCAAAAGCCAACCACAACAAAACAACAUUGUGUCCUUUGCUUGAGGAAAAAGUGUUGACCAGGUAUGACUUUGCUGAUUGCAUUUCUGCACCAGAUUCAACUUAAGAGUAUGUAAUAAUUUUUUUGGCUGUACACGGAUGCUAAUUCUCUCCGUUCACGAUCUCUUUCAAGUUUUUCUUUUUCUCAACCUGGCACAGUCACAGAUUGCAUUUAAAGAAGUCGAGGUGUAUCAUCUAAUGCUACAUGUCAAUUUAAAGCAUCAGUCGCUGUUCAUGUCUCCA